UAUUACAUUUUUCCUAGUACCAUACAUAUUUCCGUACUGUACUUAGUGGUACUUAUACAGUCGUCGGAUAAUGUCAAACAUAUCAAAUCGCCCGACACCCACGAUGAAAAGCAUUUCAUCAGUGCCGCGAUCUUCUCGGGGCCGCAAUUUUCUCAAUGAGAAUAAGGUGAGCUUGAGCACCCUGGAAAAAUCAACGAGUAAAAAACUAGCAGCGAAGGAGCCGGUGCGUCCGGCAUGGAUGCCGACACCUAUGCGUCGCUCGGAUCCCGAGGUACGGGAAUCGAAAGGAGGAAAACCCCCUCCAGUAUCGGUAUCCAGACAAAGCACCCGGGAAACCAGUAUGACACGCAACCGCAACAACUCUCGCUCGCAUUACCAAUUGGGUGUGGACGCUCCAGAGUCUGGCCAACGCUUUGGCGGCUUUGAAAAGCGCAAUCCUGUGGUUUAUGACCCACAGAAAGAUGUGGUACAUUCGCCGGACAAUUAUACAGAGCGCUGCAAUUCUUGCGGCAUCCAACACAGCUCCACAAGCAUCGGCAUACAGACAGAGGAUAUCACCGAUGAACGCUUUCUUACAAAAGCCCUGCAAAAAUGCAGUUUUGAUGGUGGACCUAUGCUGAGUGAGCUGACCAAUAAAUACGAAAACAACUACAAACAGUCCAGUCGGUACGAUAAAAAUGAAGACGAGGAUCUGCUGUCACCUCGCACAAAUGGCAAACAACAACAGCACAGUCGCUUCAACAUGAAUGAGUUGCAAAUUGAUUUGAAAACUGAAGUCGCUUCGGAUGAGGAGGCUGUGCUCAGUGGCCGCAGCCGUUUUCCAUCAAAUGCUAGCACUACGUCCAUGACAUCCCAACGCCGCGAGCUCAAGCUGGAGAAGGAGAAGCGCGAAAAGGCUGCAACCAAGGAGCUUGCCGGUCUUAGUCUGCACGCGGAGCAGGAUCGUGUUGGGCACUUGAACAGCGCACAGAAGCGCUAUGAUGUUCUCAUCAAUGAGCUAAAUCACAUGCCCAUCACCUCACAGACUAUGCGGGUGCGCAGCCGCAAGGCAGAAAUCGACAAGGAGCUGGCUAUCGUAGAUGAGGAGAUACGCGUCUACUCGAAGCCCAACUUAUACAUCAACUCUACCAAAUAUAAGUAAAGUUGAUAGCUAACUGUACACGCAACAUCAUUAAGAACCCCCCUAACACUAUGCACUAUACCUUCGUUGCACAUACAUAUGUACAUUCUUUUUGAAAUUAAUCUUGUUUUGUGUUAACUAUGUAUUGGAGCACCUGAAUGCAAGCAACUGAAGACUCCAUUAAACACAACAGAAGUUCUACAUUAAAAAAUUAUCUGCAAAAACUCACCUAAAUGCUCUAAUCUAAUUGAUGCGUGCCGUCAUAUCCGCCUGAUUGAGACUUUCAAGAGUGCUGAUCAGCCGGAAGCUUUGCAUAAACUCGGACAGAUUACAGUACUUCUAACGAUAUAUAUGCGUAUGUACAUAUGUAUGUUUAUUUCCCAGAAUCUAGAAUAAAUAAAAUGAUGUAUUCUUUAGGUUCCGUAGUUCAUAAGAUCCAAAUCUCGUUAACUAUGUGUAAGUAAAUAUGUAUGUAUGUGUCUGAAAUAGGUUCUAGUUCCUAUCCACAAAAGAUAUUAA